GCGCAUUCGUUUGGUUCACCGAAAAGUACGCUUUGCGCAUUCUUCAUGAGAAAUUACUAAUUAUGUUUGGUUAGCGAUUUCAUUUAACUUGUGUGCAGAAUUUUGACUGGAAACUAUGAUAUCUUUGAAUGAUGCUAGGAAUGAUGAAUUUGAGGAAACAUCUAGCUGCAGCCCAAUAAUAUGCCCAAUUCAUCAUUUUUCUGGUUGCGAAUGGAAAGGUGCAUCGGAAAGUAUCAUGCAACAUUGCAUUUCAAAGCAUGGAAAAUUCGUCCGGAAAGGAUAUCGACAAAAGUAUGAAAUUAAAAAUUUCAGGUCUCUCAAUGUGGUGAAGGAUUUCCCACAUAUCAUUGAAGCACAUGGAAAUGUUUUCAUACUUUGGCUACGAAAGUUUCCAAGUGGAAUCAUCAGUUUACGUGUGCAUUCUAUGAAAUGUUGCAUGGAUCCUGCCAGAUAUGAAGCUAUUAUUACAUUUAAUGCUGAAGUAUCCAUUCAACGUAAACUAUUUUGUUACCCUUAUUGCUAUUAUGAAAUGGGUUUCGAUAGACUUGAUAACACUAAAGUCUUGUUAAAUACUGACGAUUUUAUAGAAGAUGUGAAUAUUUUGAACUAUAAUGUUUGUAUAAAGGAUAAUUCGCUCACAAGUUGGCUAUCAAUGAUUUAGGUUCAAGGAGAACCUCUUUAUGGGUUGAAUGAAAGAAAAACAAACCUCUAAUAAAAAGAUAGUUUUGUAUUGAUAGUUAUUAUUUGUGAAACACUUUUAGAUAAUAUCGAAACAAAUAUUGAUUCUGAGGUUGUGUUCAAUUUGAGACUUUUUCUAUGGUAAAAAUGUAGUCUGCCGAAGAAGAAACUGACUAGAGAUGACAUUAUGGAUAAGAUUGAUGAUUCAUCCCAGUGAAGAUGAAGAUUUUGUCGAGAAGUUGAAAUAUAAACACUUGUUGUAUCCUAUGUGAGAUCAUGCAUGUGCAUGUUAUUGUUUAAUAUUUUUUUGUGGGGUGACAGUUAUUGUGGUCAUAUAUGCGGACUGAACUCCACAUUGAAGCAUUUGAAAACAUUGUCUAGAGUGCUAUGAAAUUUUGAAUGUUUUGAUGUACCUACUGUUUCUAAACAUAAUUGUUAGCUUGUUCCAACUUGGCAGUUGGCAAUAUUUGGAAUAUUUGGUAUUUGAUUGUGUAGUUCUGUCGAUUUUGUUUUUAAUGUGAGCAAUUAAUUAUCGUAUAUUACAAUAAACAAAUUUUAACUUAA